UUUCUAACCAGCCCUCGUGGGGAAGGUGAAUGUUCACGACGCCUCUUUGAAGCGCCAUCGGUGGGACGCAACUCCCAAGACGGCUCCGGGACCCCCAAGUCAGGAUCCCCGCCCCCCGCGCGCGUCUCCUCGCCCACUUUUCGAGCCAGCACUUCCGCCCAGGGGGCUGGAAUCUCCGAGCCCCUUCCUUCCGGCACGAGCGGCUGGGAAGGCACUUCCGGUGCCUGUUGCUAAGGCGCCGGCCGGCCGGCGGGCCGAGAGGGCGGCAUUGGUGGCGUCGUCCUCUGCCCCCUUCCCCGGGGGCGAGAUGUCUGGGCUCAGCCACUUAGAGACGGAGGGCUGCCGUCACCUGCUCGGCCUGCUGGACGAUGACGAGAUCAUGGCCCUGUGCGACACCGUCACCAACCGCCUGGUGCAGCCUGUGGACCGCCAAGAUGCUAUUCAUGCAAUAUUAGUUUAUAGCCAAAAUGUAGAAGAACUUCUGAGGCGCAAAAAAGUCCACCGAGAAGUCAUAUUUAAGUAUUUGGCAAAACACGGGGUGUUUGUACCCCCAACUACUGAAAAGCACAAUCUUAUUCAGUAUGCAAAAGAUUAUUGGGAAAAACAGUCACCAAAAUUGAAGGAGACAGCAGAAUCAGAUACAAAGACAGAGGACAUCCAGCUCUUUGAACAGGCAAAAGAAGAGCAAAACGCUGAAAAGGUUGAUUUCCGUCGCUUAGGAGAAGAAUUCUGCCACUGGUUCUUUGAACUUCUUAAUUCUCAGAAUCCUUUUCUGGGACCACCUCAAGAGGAAUGGGGCCCACAGCACUUCUGGCAUGAUGUCAAGCUUAGGUUUUAUUAUAGCACCUCAGAACAAAACGUGAUAGACUACCAAGGAGCAGAAAUUGUGAGCCUUCGUUUACUGUCAUUAGUGAAAGAGGAAUUUCUUUUUCUCAGUCCCAACCUCGAUUCUCAAGGACUAAAAUGUGCUUCUUCUCCUCAUGGAUUAGUUAUGGUCGGAGUUGCAGGGACUGUCCACAGAGGAAAUACUUGCUUGGGCAUAUUUGAACAAAUUUUUGGACUUAUCCGUAGCCCUUUUGUGGAAAAUACUUGGAAAAUCAAAUUUAUCAACCUGAGAAUUGUUGGAGGAAGUUCCCUUGCUCCUGGAACAUCCCUGAAACCAGCUGUUACAUUUGAACAGAGUGAUCUGGAGGCCUUUUAUAAUGUAAUCACUUUGUGUAAUAACCCCGGUAGUGGGACUGGAGACCAGGUUUUAUGUAGUGGAGAUGAGGCAUUGUUGAACAAAAGGGAACAGAAUUUGCCCAAUCCUCUAAAACCCUGAGCACUGUAUUGUCAUCCCAAAGUAGCUGCAGAAACUUCCCAGCACAAUACUGAUCAUCUUUAAGUGACUGCAGAUGUGAGGAUUGACAUAUUUUAGCUGAAAUACAUUUUUGGACUGGAGACUAAUGUGAAUACUUGCCUAUUUCUACCCAAGUUACAGCAAAUGUUCUGAGAACUUAUUGUGGUCCAGCAAAUAAAUCCCACUUUAGAUGUUGUAGAUAACUGUGUGCCUUAGAAACCAUAGGUAAUAUUUUCAUUUUAUUUAGUGAAUAGCCUGUUAAUCGCUGUACCUCUAAGUGGCAAAGAUUAGUAGUAGUCAUGGCUUAUUGGAUAUCUUAAAAAAUGCAUCUCACUAAAGUGUUGUCUAAAAAAAAGGUAACAGUUUAGAGAUGUUUAGCAUAAAUGCAAAGUCUUAUUAAUUAUAUAAAGUACAAAUAAUGUACUUGUGCAAAAAGUCCAAUAGUUUAUUCUGGGAAGAAAAGCUUAUUUCACCUUUUUGAAACUUCUCUUUCAAAUUAUCUGUUCUAGUCCAAGCAAAUAUCUCAAAAUCUGCUACUUUUCUGAACUAUUUUGGGCAAUAAAUGCUGUUUUCAACACAGACCUUAUUACUACUCAGACUUCAGCCAACAGUUUUAUAGAACAUUUACUAUGAUACCCUAAAGAUGAAAAACAGGCUUUGGAAUUUUCAAAGUACGCACAAUUCCCAGCAAACAAAUUACUGUUCUUUCUCCUGACUGUGGCUGAGGUUGACUCUCCUCAAAAUAACAAGGCCCAUUUAGAACUUACAACAUGGGUAGGAAAAUAUGUAUACAUAUAGCCUAACAUAAAGGUUUUUUACCUUUGUAUUACUAGAUUUGAGAUCUAAAGUUGACUUGCCAGCUUAAAGUUUAAAUUUCUCAUCACCUGGUAACUAUUUGCUGACCUUGGAUUUGGUUAGGAAUUUGUUUUUAAAUUACUAUUUGGAAAAUAUGAGGGUAUUUUAUGCCUGUUAAUUUUUAUAUUUAACUCUGAUAAUCUAGGGGCAUUGAAUAUGAAUAUUAAAAGAGGUAAGCGUUCA